GUGAGGAAAGAGGAUGCGAGGAGACAGGAAACAGAGGCCUUCAGAGGUUUGGUUCAAGACUUUCGUCCUCAAUUGCCCUGACUGAUGGAGCCACAAGACUCCUUUUCUCUCUAGUUUUUCUUUUGCCUCAUUCACCUAAUCCUCCUCUCAUAAGCAAUACAGAAAAAACAAGAUCCUGCUGCUCUUCAGGCCUUCAGAUUAUGGUGGCAUGAUCAGCCAAACCGCACUAGGAGCUCAAGAUCCAAGGGAGAACGUAAAAUCGAUGGAGCAAAGAAAUCUCAGGAUCUACCCAACUCAGGUCUCCCACAUUACAGGUGGAUUCUUCACCAGCUAAGCCACAAGGGAAGCCCCAGAUACACAUUAUUGAAAAAUGACAUUUUAAUUUAAUGCUCAAGAUGGAAAAUCAUGAACCAGAAGGUACUAUCAUCAAGGAGAACUUAAUUGAUAUCAUAGCCAGAAAAAUUAACCAACUCCCAGAAGCAGAACGGAAUCUGCUUGAAAAUGGAUCAACAUAUGUUGGACUUAAUGCUGCUCUCUGUGGCCUAAUAGCAAAUAGUCUUUUUCGACGCAUCUUACAUGUGACACAGGCUCGUAUAGCUGCUGGCUUACCAAUGGCAGUGAUCCCAUUUUUGACAGCAAAUGCAUCUUACAAAGGUUUUGUAAGUUUACCUUUGAGUACAGGUGAUCUGCAGUGUGAAACCUGCACCGUAACACGAGGUGGACUGGUUGGUCUUGUUUUCGGUGGCCUGUACCCUGUUUUCUUGGCUAUCCCUGUGAAUGGUGGCCUAGCAGCUAGGUAUAAUUCAGCCCUGCUGCCAGAGAAAGGAAACAUCUUAAAUUACUGGAUUAGGAUUUCUAAGCCUGUCUUUAAAAAGAUGUUAUUUCCCAUUUUGCUCCAGACUGGGUUUGCUGCAUACCUCGGGUCUAGACAAUAUAAACUACUUAUAAAGGCUCUUCAGUUACCAGAACCUGGCCUAGAAAUUGAGUGAUUGUUAAGCAAAUCUGUACACAAAAAUAAAACUAUAAAAAUAACCUACAUCUGAUUAUGAAUAAACAGAGACUUGUACAUAA